GAUUGACAUCAACUUUCUUUUUCAACGUAUCUUGAAGCUUGCAGAGCUAUUUGCAAAAGAUGGCAUGUCCUUUCAAGCUAGCUGUCAAAACCUUGUCCCUCGACCCUGGGUUAUUGAUGAUCUUGACAAUUUCAUAUCUAAGUGGGGCAGAAAAUUAUGGAAAAAAGCUGUAAUUUUUGUAGAUAAUUCUGGUGCAGAUAUUAUUUUGGGUAUAUUGCCAUUUGCUAGAGAGUUACUUCGACUUGGUGUACAGGUAGUAUUGGCAGCAAAUGAUUUGCCUUCUAUCAAUGACGUAACUUACCCUGAACUAGUUAAUAUUAUCACGAAGUUAAAGGAUGAGAAUGGGAAACUUGUGGGGGUUGAUACUUCAAAUCUUUUCAUCGCCAACUCGGGUAAUGAUUUGCCGGUCAUUGAUCUUACAAGAAUAUCGCAAGAACUUGCCUACUUGGCAAGUGAUGCUGACUUAGUGAUUAUGGAGGGAAUGGGCCGUGGAAUUGAGACUAACCUCUAUGCUCAGUUUAAAUGUGAUUCCCUGAAAAUUGGCAUGGUGAAGCACCUGGAGGUUGCACAGUUCCUUGGGGGGCGGCUUUAUGAUUGUGUUUUCAAGUACAACGAAUUUUCAGGCUAACGGCAUAUUUUGUCAACCUAUUGUGGUCACAUUUGAGAAUAUAACAUGGAGAAUUGUAUUAUGGAGUGGUAAUAGUGCAAUUUGCAGCGCUCUCUUUAGCCCACCAUUAGUUCCAGUCACUGGGAUUAUACAUUAGGUUAUUUUGGGCUAAUAUUGCAAUUUUAUAUGUUAUGAUGGGAUCUUGAGUCUAUGUUGAACCACAAAUAACCUGAUAUUUAUAUGCAUGCUUAACCUGGUGUUGCAGGUGGACAAAGAUUGAUGAAAUGUCGGAAAAAUAUAGUUGCAUGUCA